AUGGAUACAGCCAUGUUCAGAACACUGGUCGAACUCCAACCAGCUUCCAACCAACCUCCCACCCCAGACUCUGAAAGCACCAUCCCUCUCACAGCACCGGAGAGAGUUGUCCAGAGGACAUACCCAGGAGCACCUGCUCUCGAGAGUCAACCCAUAGAACUUCACAAUCUCUCCGGAAAUGGCGGCGACUACAUCGCCUCCGAACCAAUUACACCUCGGGAAGUCGAUGCAGAGGACCUGGAGAUGAGCAGACCUGCGUCUCCAGACCCUGCACCCGACGCAGUAGACACCGUAAUGAGUGUUUGGAACCCAUUCAUGAACCGGUUCAGACUGCUGUCCUUGUGUCUCUGCAGUCUAGGCGAUGGGCUGAGUGACAGCGCAGCAGGUGCCUUGAUCCCAUACAUGGAAAAAUACUACGACAUUGGAUACGGCGUCGUAUCACUCAUCUUCGUCGGCCAAGCACUCGGCUUCGUCGUCGCCGCCAUAGUCCUCGACAUAAUGAGAGCCAAGCUCGGCCGCGCAAAGCUCCUCGCCGUAUCCCAAGCCUGCAUGGCCCUGGGAUACAUACCGCUCGUUGCAACCGGUCCUUUCAUCCUAGUCAUAUUUGCCUUCUUCCUAGUUGGAUUCGGGCUUGCCAUCAACGUCGCCAUGGGAAACACCUUUUGCGGCGUCCUGCAAAAUGGAACUCUGAUCCUGGGCCUCCUUCACGGCACGUAUGGCAUCGGCGGUAUCUCCGGCCCCCUCAUGGCUACUGCUCUUGUUACUGUUGCGGAAACAAUCUGGAGUAGAUACUACAUCAUCACUCUGGGCGUGGUGCUGAUAUCGCUCGCCAUGGCGCUUUGGUCAUUCUGGUCUUUUGAAAAGGAACAGAGUCCUGCGGCGAGAGCGCGUGAAGCACAGCCCGAUGGAUCAUUCUUGCUAGGCAUGACGUCUACCCUCAAGUUGCGAGUGGUUCUUCUCGGCGCGAUCUUCAUCUUUGCAUACCAAGGCGCGGAGGUUUCUAUUUCAGGAUGGGUGAUUUCCUUCUUGAUUAAUGUCCGUGAUGGCGAUCCUUCGUCAGUGGGAUACGUAUCGUCCGGUUUCUGGGCUGGCAUUACGGCGGGACGAUUCUUCCUGUCCGGGCCGGCGCAGCGUAUCGGCGAGAAGAAGUUUGUGUAUGGCCUUAUCGUGGGGGCUAUUGCCUUCCAGAUACUGGUGUGGCUGGUCCCGAAUAUUGUUGGAAAUGCAGUGGCCGUUUCUAUCGUCGGUCUGCUUUUGGGACCUGUUUAUCCGUGCUCGGCGGCGGUGUUUAUGCGCGCCAUGUCCCAUCGGGAUGCGUUGAGUGGCAUGGGGACGAUCAGCGCGUGCGGGAGCUUGGGCGGUGCGGUUGCGCCGUUCUUUACGGGUAUGUUGGCGCAGGCGGUUGGGACGUAUGUUCUUCAUCCGAUUGUUAUUGGGUUGUUCGUUGUGAUGCUGUUGUGCUGGUAUGCUAUGCCUAUUGAGAAUAAGAGGUCAGAGUAA